CCUGGCGUCUCCAGUUAUCCUCAGUGCGGUACCAUCGUUUCAGGUAUGAGCUCCUAACCCGCGAUGAGCAACAUUUUGUGAUAUUGUACGAACGGACACGUACGCUUGGAGACAUGGAAAGUACUUCACCCCGGAGACCGUUUCAGCACCACUUUGACUGGACAGCGCAACAGCUUCUUCCACUUGGCAUCGCGCUCCGGGAGAUUUGCCUUUGAUUUCCAUACGCGCGGAAUAGAGUUUGUCGAACCGGGGAGCCAUCGUACCUCAAGUGAUCUGCGCCAUACAACAAAAUCUGCAGGUGAUCAUGCUGAAGGUGUUUGACUACAGCAGCGCCAAAUAAAGGAACGGUGGGUUAAGCUUUGUGUUCACAGCGAAAGACCCCAAGCCUCCUUCACAUUGAGAUUGGGAACCCAGAGGGAGCGCGCGACCAAAGACGUUCGGUUAACCUUUAAUCUCAUCAAAAGACGCUCGAGGAGAGCAUUCUGUGACAGAAGAUAAAUCAGAUCCACUCUGAACCGCCGACUACACAAUCAGAUGAGCGGUCCAUUCAAUUACAAGGGAUAUAAGUAUGAACUUUAAAAGACUGUGCCCUGCUAAAGGGUGCGUCCAUUGACCCAUCAACUCAGCGGUGACACAUCUUGCGUCCAAAAAUAGACAGGCUUGGGAUAAAGCCGGGUUGCAAUGUCUUCGGUUGUUGGUAAUAUGGCUGGAUGGACCGGACAGGUCUCAGCGACGUUUCUUUUCUACCUCUUUCUGACUGCUUUGGCUGCCAGGCCCAAAGGUCCCGGCCACACGCAUCUGAACUCGAUCAGGAUUGAUGGAGACAUUUCUUUGGGCGGCCUGUUUCCGGUGCACGCUCGAGGGCACGAGGGCAAACCGUGUGGAGAGAUAAAGAAGGAAAAGGGCAUCCAUCGUCUGGAAGCUAUGCUGUUCGCACUGGACCGAAUCAACAACGACCACGAAUUGCUUCCUAACAUUACGCUGGGAGCCCGUAUUUUGGACACGUGCUCGCGGGACACCCACGCUCUGGAGCAGUCUCUCACUUUUGUCCAGGCGCUCAUUGAGAAAGACGGAACGGAUGUGAAGUGUCAGGGUGGAGGAUCGCCCAUCAUUACCAAACCUGAGAGGGUGGUGGGUGUCAUCGGAGCAUCGUCCAGUUCUGUAUCCAUAAUGGUGGCGAAUAUCCUCCGCUUGUUUAAGAUCCCGCAGGUGAGUUAUGCCUCCACGACGUCCGAGCUGAGCGACAACACGCGCUACGACUUCUUCUCGCGCGUGGUUCCUCCGGACACUUACCAGGCGCAGGCUAUGGUGGAUAUUGUCAGGGCCAUGCGCUGGAACUACGUCUCCACGGUGGCAUCAGAGGGCAAUUACGGAGAGAGUGGCGUGGACGCAUUCAUUCAAAAGUGCCGGGAAGACGGUAAGAGGGCGAGCGUGUGUAUCUCACAGUCUGUGAAGAUCCCUCGAGAGCCCAAAGUCGGAGAGUUUGAUAAGAUAAUUCAAAGACUGGGAGAGAAUCCGAACGCAAGGGUUGUUAUUGUUUUUGCAAACGAAGAUGAUAUUAGGAGGCUGCUGCAGGCGGCAAAGAAUGCCAAUCAGACGGGUCACUUCCUGUGGGUGGGGUCAGAUAGCUGGGGCUCCAAGAUAGCACCUGUACUUCACCAAGAGGAGAUGGGAGAAGGAGCCGUCACCAUUCUACCCAAACGGCAGUCCAUCAAAGGCUUCGAUCGCUACUUCACCAGCCGAACGCUCGAGAACAACCGGAGGAAUAUCUGGUUCGCCGAGUUCUGGGAGAACAACUUCGGCUGCAAGCUCAGUCGUCACGCCUUGAAGAAGGGCUCGGGGAUAAAGAAAUGCACAAAUCAAGAGAGGAUCGGGAAAGAUUCAUCGUACGAGCAGGAGGGCAAAGUGAUGUUCGUGAUCGACGCCGUGUACGCCAUGGCCCACGCCCUCCACAAUAUGCACAAAGACCUCUGUCCCGGCAAGGUGGGACUGUGCUCGAAAAUGGACCCCGUCGACGGAGCCCUUCUGCUGAAGUACAUCCGCAACGUCAAGAUAGCAGGCAUAGCCGGCAAUCCAGUGCAGUUCAAUGAGAACGGAGAUGCUCCUGGCCGCUACGAUAUCUACCAGUAUCAGAUGAAGAACAAAACAUCCGACUAUAAAAUCAUCGGCCACUGGACUGACCAACUUUACCUAAACACGAGAAUAAUGCAGUGGCCGGGUGGAGAGAAGCAUGUGCCAACAUCCAUAUGCAGUCCGGCAUGCAAACCAGGAUGGCGCAAGAAGAUAGUGAAGGGCAUUUCCUGCUGCUGGCACUGCGAACGCUGCGACGGGUACCAGUACCAGGCCGACACGUACAACUGCAAGAUGUGCCGCUUUGAUCUGAGGCCCAAUAAGAACCACACGGGUUGUCAGCCCAUUCCCAUCGUGAAGCUGGAGUGGAGCUCUCCAUGGGCCGUCAUCCCCGUCCUGCUCGCCAUCCUGGGCAUCAUAGCCACUCUUUUCGUGGUGGUCACCUUUAUCCGCUACAACGACACGCCCAUCGUCAAAGCGUCGGGACGGGAACUCAGCUACGUCCUGCUCACCGGCAUCUUUCUUUGUUACGCCACCACGUUCCUGAUGAUCUCCACCCCUGACGUCGGGAUUUGUUCCCUGCGGCGAAUUUUCCUCGGCCUGGGAAUGAGCAUCAGCUAUGCAGCGCUGCUCACCAAAACCAACCGGAUAUAUCGGAUUUUCGAGCAGGGAAAAAUGACGAUCAGCACUCCGCGAUUCAUCAGUCCGGCCUCGCAGCUGGCCAUCACCUUCAGCCUGACCUCGGUCCAGCUCCUGGGGGUGUGCAUCUGGUUCGCGGUGGACCCGUCACAAGCCCUCGUCGACUACGAGGACCAGCGUACGGUGGAUCCCGAGAUGUCCCGCGGAGUUCUAAAGUGCGACAUAUCGGACUUGUCGCUCAUCUGCCUUCUGGGAUACAGUAUGCUGCUGAUGGUCACGUGCACGGUGUACGCCAUCAAGACGCGCGGGGUGCCCGAGACCUUCAACGAGGCCAAGCCCAUCGGCUUCACCAUGUACACAACCUGCAUCAUUUGGCUCGCCUUCAUCCCCAUUUUCUUCGGGACAUCUCAGUCGACAGAAAAGAUGUACAUACAAACCACCACACUGACCAUCUCUGUGAGUUUGAGUGCGUCCGUGUCUCUUGGAAUGCUCUACAUGCCGAAGGUCUACGUCGUGCUGUUACACCCGGAGCAGAACGUGACCAAGCGCAGCACUCGCAGCCUGAAGGCUGUCGUCACCGCUGCCACCAUGUCCAACAAAUUCAACCCAAAAUCUAGCCUGAGACCCAACGGAGAAGCCAAAUCUGAGCUCUGUGAGAGCCUGGAAACUCAGGAACUCAGCAGUAAACAAACAUACAUCAGCUACAGCAACCAUGCAAUCUAGGUAAGUGAUAAAAGGCCACGGCGAAAUCCCAGAAGUGACCCCUGGAAGACAGCAUUUCAAGAUAAAUCACUCUCACGCUAAACAGACGGAAGUGAGACAGCCGAUGGUUUGAAGACCCCACAGACACGUUUCCAUUAACCAAGCUUACGUGAAGUCACAUCGGGAACGUCUCGGGAGGCUGUGACUGUUGAGACGGCGAUGUGUCGGAAUGACGGUUUGUCACCCAGACAAUUCCAUUACAGCUUGCUUUAUCUAUUCCAAAUGUCAUUGUUAAGGUGAAACUCACUAAUAAAGGACCACAUGUCAGUGUCUGCCGUUUCAUUGAUGCUAACACUAUGUGGUGGCUUCAAAAAAUGAGAAAAAAAAUAGUAAAAAAAAUCAAUUGGAGCUUUAUUUCCCCUCUUGUUUUCUCCUUGGUGAAGACAACAGCAAAGACAGUGAUCAUUGUUUACCGAUAUUGAGCAUGCUGGUUUUGACAUCCUGUGCUGUGUUGUUUUUUAUUUCUUUCUUAUUUUUAUUUUUUUUAAAUGAACCUUUCUGGAAUGCUGUUGAACUAUGUCGCUGUAUUGUUACCUCACCAUGGGCCUUGUGAAACCGUUGAAGAUGUACGAAGUUCUCUCUGGAGUAAUGUUUGCUUGUGCACACCGUUGAGGAACUCGAAAUUGCCCUGUUGUCGAAAUGUUCUGUAGCGCGUCCACGAAAUCCCAAAUCACGAUGUAGGUGUGACCGACGUCCUCGGAACGCUCGAGGUACUGAAAUCCACGUCCACCGAACCGGACAAGAGUGAGUAACGUUCAUAACCAUUCAGCAAGAAAUGCAAAGCAUCACCGGGCAAGUUCAAGAUGGAGGGCGGUGGAGAGAGACGUGCUAUUUGUCUCUUUAGAUGUUUGUGAUUUUAAGAUUCAGUUCUUAUGAUUUCUCUGAUAUUCUUUGUUUUUUGCACUGUUCGUGCUGCGGAAUAAAAUGUCUAUGUUGACCGCGAUAAAUGGCAACUUAAUGUGUGUUCCUGAUUGCUAAUGUUUGCUUUUCAUCCUAAAGAAAAAAAGUCAGAAACAGUGCCUGAAAUAACGUAUUUGUAAAAUAAGACA